AAUCGCCAGCACUUCGCCCGUUUCCCAGCACUGCCUCACCGAACGUCUAGCCAGCGACCAUCUUGUGAAAAGUACUACGAGUGUGGAGAGGAGUUGGCUAAGGAAUUGUACAAUUACUUCUGCGGCGAACAGUUAAACAGCAUUCAAAAUGUCGAUGAUUUCCGUACGCCUGGCGUCCUCGGUCGCCCGUAACCUGCCCAAGGCUGCCAACCAGGUCGCCUGCAAAGCCGCCUAUCCCGCCGCCAGUCUUGCUGCCCGCAAGUUCCAUGUGGCCAGCACGCAGCGUAGCGCCGAGAUCUCCAACAUCCUGGAGGAGCGCAUCCUGGGCGUCGCCCCCAAGGCGGAUCUGGAGGAAACCGGCCGCGUGCUGAGCAUCGGUGACGGUAUCGCUCGUGUCUACGGUCUGAACAACAUCCAGGCCGAUGAGAUGGUGGAAUUCUCCUCCGGCCUGAAGGGCAUGGCCCUCAACUUGGAGCCCGACAACGUCGGUGUUGUGGUGUUCGGUAACGACAAGCUGAUCAAGCAGGGCGAUAUCGUCAAGCGUACCGGUGCCAUCGUGGAUGUGCCCGUCGGUGAUGAGCUGCUGGGUCGCGUCGUCGAUGCCCUGGGAAAUGCCAUUGACGGCAAGGGCGCCAUCAACACCAAGGACCGUUUCCGUGUGGGAAUCAAGGCCCCCGGCAUCAUCCCCCGUGUGUCCGUGCGCGAGCCCAUGCAGACCGGUAUCAAGGCCGUCGACUCCCUGGUGCCCAUCGGUCGUGGACAGCGUGAGCUGAUCAUUGGCGAUCGUCAGACUGGUAAGACUGCUCUGGCCAUCGACACCAUCAUCAACCAGAAGCGCUUCAACGAGGCCCAGGAUGAGUCCAAGAAGCUGUACUGCAUCUACGUCGCCAUUGGCCAGAAGCGAUCCACCGUCGCCCAGAUUGUGAAGCGUCUGACCGACUCCGGCGCCAUGGGCUACUCCGUGAUCGUGUCUGCCACCGCCUCCGACGCUGCUCCCCUGCAGUACUUGGCCCCCUACUCCGGAUGCGCCAUGGGAGAGUACUUCCGCGACAAGGGCAAGCACGCCCUGAUCAUCUACGAUGAUUUGUCCAAGCAGGCUGUGGCCUACCGUCAGAUGUCCCUGCUGCUGCGUCGUCCCCCUGGUCGUGAGGCCUACCCCGGUGAUGUGUUCUACCUGCAUUCGCGUCUGCUUGAGCGUGCCGCCAAGAUGUCCCCUGCCAUGGGAGGUGGCUCCCUGACUGCCCUGCCCGUGAUCGAGACCCAGGCUGGCGAUGUGUCCGCCUACAUUCCAACCAACGUCAUCUCGAUUACCGAUGGACAGAUCUUCUUGGAGACCGAGUUGUUCUACAAGGGUAUCCGCCCUGCCAUCAACGUCGGUCUGUCCGUGUCCCGUGUGGGUUCCGCUGCCCAGACCAAGGCCAUGAAGCAGGUGGCCGGUUCCAUGAAGCUGGAGUUGGCCCAGUACCGUGAGGUCGCCGCCUUCGCCCAGUUCGGUUCCGAUCUGGAUGCCGCCACCCAGCAGCUGCUGAACCGUGGUGUGCGCCUCACUGAGCUGCUCAAGCAGGGUCAGUACGUGCCCAUGGCCAUUGAGGAUCAGGUCGCCGUCAUCUACUGCGGUGUGCGCGGUCAUCUGGACAAGAUGGAUCCCGCCAAGAUCACCAAGUUCGAGAAGGAGUUCUUGCAGCACAUCAAGACCUCCGAGCAGGCUCUGCUCGACACCAUCGCCAAGGACGGUGCUAUCUCGGAGGCGUCCGAUGCCAAGCUGAAGGACAUUGUUGCCAAGUUCAUGUCCACCUUCCAGGGUUAAGCAUCAGCAAUACGAAGAAUAGGAGAUCAGAUGCGUGCAAUUAACAUCAUUGAUGGCUCGAAUAAUGCUGCCAUCUCUGCGCGACAUCAACAAGAAAAGAUAACAACCUACAACUUAAGAUAAACAGAAAUUAUAAAACAAAAACAAGAGAAAACUCCUUUGCACAUUCAUGUUUUCUUGCGCAUCCAGCCGGGAUCGCCUCCAAUCCGUGGUCCGGUGUCAUCAUGCCGCAAAAUCUUGGGAGAGAGAGAGCAGGCCCUGGCCACGGAAUGGACGGCGUAUCCCGGCCGGAUGCGGUUUCGAGUUUCAGCGAAAUAUCCGUGCGGUUCCUCCAACCUCCAAAACGAUAGAUAAUCCCCCGUUGUUCUUCUACCUUAAAUGUGUACUCAAUAUUUGAAAUAUUGUAAUCGAGAAUAGUCGAAAUAAUGUCUGAGGAUGAUUGUGAAACGAUGAUGAAUUAAACACGAUACUAAAUUAUACUCUAAA